AUGCUGCUGCUCUUGUUGGCCGUGUCGUCCAGGGGUUCAGAGGCGGAGUGGUGCGUGUGCAGGUCGGACGUGAAUGAGACGGUGCUGCAGGAGACGCUGGACUACGCGUGCGGGCAGGGUGCGGACUGCGCGCCAGUGGGCAUGGUAGGGAGCAGCCAUAGCCCCGACUCAUUGGCGGCGCACUGCUCCUACGCCAUCAACAGCUACUACCAGUGGAACAGCAAGACCAAGGGCGCCACCUGCAACUUCGGCGGCACCGCCACCCUCUCCUCCGCCGACCCCAGCUCGGGAACCUGCAAGUACCCUGCAACCGCAAGUGCUGCAGGGACGAGCACACCCACCCCGUCUCCUGGAACGUCCCCUCUCCUGGACCGCCGGUUCUUCCUCGACCUCCACCGACAGCCGGGCCAUCUCCGGUUGCUACCAUCUGCUAAAGCUGCUGUUGUUACUGCUGCAGGUGGUAGUAUUGAUACAUGGCUUCCUAGUCUGAAUUUCUAG